GUUGUCUGUCUAAAUAAUCUCAACAGGCUAACUGGCAGCUCUGACGUCUUAGAAUAAUCACCACGACCUAGCUCAACACAAUGGCUCCCACACUACUAUGGAUUGGACUCGGGAAUAUGGGGAGGGGAAUGAGCAAGAAUAUCGUUGAGAAGGGCAACUUGGAUGGCCCCCUUCUCUUGUACAACCGUUCAUCUCAGAGGGCCACUGACUUCAGUGCCAAGUUUCCGGCCGGUAAGACUGAAGUCGUUGGGUCUCUUGCCGACGGCGUCUCGAGAGCCGAUGUCAUCUUCUCCUGCAUUGCCAACGAUGAAGCCGUUCAAGAAACCUUCAAGGCGAUGCUUGAGGGAAACGUCAAGGGCAAGCUAUUCAUCGAGAGCUCAACCAUCCACCCAGACACCACCGAGGCUAUUGCAAAGGAUGUUGUAGCCAAAGGAGCCGAGUUCGUCGCUGCUCCUGUAUUCGGUGCUCCUCAAAUGGCUGAGGCUGGUCAGCUCGUCGGUGUUCUUGCUGGACCUGCUGCCAGCGUUGCAAGGGCAAAGCCGUGGUUCAAGGGCGUAACUUCCAGCAAGGAGAUUGAUCUCUCGGAUAAGCCUUACAGCAAAGCUUUGACUCUGAAGGUCCUUGGAAACACAUUCAUCCUGAACAUGGCCGAGCAGCUCGCUGAGGCGCACGUUGUGGCCGAAAAGACAGGUCUGGGCACUGAAGCCAUCCACCAGAUUGUCGACUCGAUCUUCGGUGGGCCUUACACUGCCUAUAGCCAGCGUAUGCUCACGGGCGACUACUAUAACCGUGAUGAACCUCUUUUUGCAGUUGAGCUCGCGAGAAAGGAUGCUCGACAUGCUAUGAGCUUGGCUGAAUCUGUUGGUGUGAGACUUCGAAAUGUUGAGGCUGCUGAUGCGCAUUUGGCAAUGGCUUAUGAGCAUGCGGGCUCAUCGGCAGACAUGGCUGGAAUCUACGGAGCUAUUCGAAAGGAAUCUGGUCUCAAGUACGAGAACGAUGCUUAGACGUUUGUAUCUGUGUGAGAAGCUGUGGGAAUACCUACUACCUAUAAGAAAACAUUGCAAAUACAAACACUCUCAAC